AUGGAUAUUGUUCAUCAUUUAUUAAUUUAUGAAUGUAAUCGAUUUACAGUAUUUCCAGAUGAUAAUAAUUUACCAGACAAUAUAUGUGAUUAUGACAAUGCUCUUAAUGAUGGUUCUGAAUUAUGUAGAACAAAUACUGCAGCAAUUUGGGCGGUCGGUGGAGAUUUAAUAGAAGAAUUUCCAGAAGAAGCUGGCUAUCCAGUUGUAGGGGAAUCUGAAACCAAAUACUAUAUAUUAGAAAUACAUUAUAAUAAUGAACGUUUAGUUUCAGGUCGUCGCGAUAAUUCUGGAAUACGAUUCUAUAUUUCACCAACAUUACGUUCAUAUGACAUGGGAUAUUUAAUGUUUGGAAGUUCAUCAAAUGCAUUAGGUCUAACCAUUCCACCAUACAAUGAACGUUUUAACGUUGAUUCUUAUUGUCCUGCAGAAGUAACAAAAAGCUUUCCAAAUCCAAAAAGUGGUAUUACUGGUCUUACAGCUUAUGCACAUACACAUAUUCAAGGACGUAGGGUAUGGACUAAAUUGAUUCGAAACAAUACAGCUAUUCAAUAUUUGUUUAAUAAUGAAGCCUUCGAUUUUAAUUAUCAAUUUGAACAUAAACUACCAGCAAGAAUUCAAUUAUAUCCUGGAGAUGAAUUUGCUACACGUUGCGUCUAUUCUACAUUAAAUAAAAAUCUGAUUACACUGGGUGGUGAGCCUACACAAAAUGAAAUGUGUGCGCAUACAUUUUCAUAUUAUCCAAAAGUGAAUAAUCUUUAUAGUUGUCGAUCUGAAAUAAGUGAAAAGUCGUGGUCAACAGUGUAUAAUGGAUCGUACCGAUUUAUGGUUCUAAUGAUCAUAAAAAAAUUCAUCGAAUGGCUUAUGAAUAUUAAAUGGACACCUGAUUCAAUAUCAAAAUGGCAAGAUUUCUAUAAUAAAGCAGAAAUAACGACAACAAGUGGCAUAGCUGGAUAUCCAAUAUUUUCUACACUUUUUAUUCCAAAAUAUAAAGAUUUACCACCAGUUGAAUGCAAAAAAAAUAAUACAAAAAACAUGUUACGCCGUUUAGUAACAUAA